ACUUGUUCUCUCUCUCUCUCUCUCUCUCUCUCUCUUUUUACUUUUAUUAUUCUUAUUUUUUUUCCUCCACGGGUUCUCUGAAACUAAAACUAGAAGCCGGAACAGAGAAUCGGGAUUGUACCCUAUCUAUUUCCUCGCUCAUAUAACUAAUUUCCAAACCGAUUUUCUAUGGAAAAAAAUCCCACUUUCCCGAGAAAAAACCCGUGAUUGAUGCGAGGGGAUUAGAUCUAAAGUCAAUUCAGAUUCUUCGCCUUCUUGGAUUGUGCUUCCAGGUAGUGUCCGGACGGUUCAGAGCUCGAAGAGGAAGUGCAGAGGAUUCGUUUUGAACCCAAAGUCGGGAAAUUUUCUUUAGGUUUCCCGGGAAAAGGAGAGACAAAAGGGAGAAAGGAAGAGUUUUUCUUUCGGUUUCUGGAACGAGGAGGGUCGUUUGAUCUUUCAUGGCACACGUGGCGAAAUGGGUUUGACUCGCGUUUGAUGUCCAAAGUCCCAGAUUUUGUGUGAACGGCGAGAGAAUUCGGACGUCAACACACUGUCUUUCUCCAAUGGGUAUGUCUGGUUUCUGAUACAGAUCCCUCAGAAGAUCUACAGAUCCAUACUGUUCUUGUCGUGCCAACAUAUCACCAAGGGAAAGACAGUCUCUGUCCCUCAUUACAGCUAAAGAAGAUGCUCAAGAUGAGGAGUAAACCCUCGACGCUUUCUCCGGCGAUGGUCCCCGGCGGCGCCGGCGGAGAUUCCGGCGGGAACGACUGGGAAAUGAGACCAGGAGGGAUGCUGGUGCAGAAACGGAACCCGGAUUCCGACCGGGUCGGAGCUCCGCCGCCGCCGAUCAGAGUACGGAUCAAGUACGGUUCGGUAUACCAUGAGAUCAAAAUCAGUCCUCAAGCUACAUUUGGGGAAUUGAAGAAGAUGCUGAGUGGACCGACGGGGUUACAUCACCAGGAUCAGAAGAUAAUGUACAAAGACAAGGAGAGAGAUUCUAAAUCGUUUCUGGACGUAGCAGGGGUUAAGGACAGGUCGAAAAUGGUGUUAAUGGAGGAUCCUAUAAGCCAGGAGAAGAGGUGGAUGGAGUCGAGGAAGAAGGCGAGAGAGGAGAAAGCUUCGAAAGCUAUAUCGGACAUUAGCUUGGAAGUUGAUAGGCUUUCUGGACAGGUUUCGGCUAUGGAGUCGGCCAUUGAGAAGGGAGGGAGGGUUGAGGAGAAAGACUUGGUGAAUCUGAUUGAGCUUCUGAUGAACGAGCUGCUCAAGUUGGACGGUAUCGUGGCUGAUGGAGACGUGAAGCUGCAAAGAAAGAUGCAGGUGGGGAGAGUGCAGAGAUACGUAGAGACCCUCGACGUGCUGAAGGUCAAGAACUCGACAAAUGACGGAGAAAGACGAAAAACCGACGGCCCGAUCCAAGAGACAAGACGGGAGACAGUAGUUUGUGAACCGAUAGAGUCUCUUAUUGACAUGCCGAUGUAUGGAAACAAGAAGCGAGGGAUUCAAGAACAAGAUUCAUAUCAUCAUCAUCAGCAGCCGAGGAAUUCGGGUUUGGAGCCGAGGAAUUGGGGUUUGGAGCCGUUUCUAGUGACCACGAAAUGGGAGACGUUCGAGGCUACGCCUAAAACGUCGUCCACAUUGUCGACUACCGAUGACGCGAUACCGAGUAGGUUCAAGUGGGAAUUCUUUGAUUGAAAUGUCUUCGUUUCUCUUCUUUCUUGGUUAUAUGUUUAUUUCUUGUGUGGAUGAGUUUCUUCUUUUUUUGGCUUUGGUCACAUCAUCAUCAUCAUCAUCAUCAUCAUCAUCAUCAUCAUCAUCAUCAUCAUCAUCAUCACCAUCACCAUCAUCAUGCUUUAGAUGUAGUUAGAAGAUUCAUGUUGGUGUUGUCAUUUAUGAUUGGUUUCGUUCUUGUGGGCCGCAUGGGAAAUAAACAGAGACGCCACAACAGUGAUUAUAUAUUAUACAUACCAAAUGGCGAUUUUCGUUUCUGA